CCGAGCCUCGUGCCGCUGCCCUGCCCCGAAAUGUCCCUAACCGGGGCUGCCGCUUCCCUCCCGCGCAGACCAAGAGAGCACCGAGGAGAUGUCGGCUGUGAAGCCCGACAAGGGCGAAGGCGACGCCAGCAGCACGAGCAGCGCCGGCGGCGGGGAGGCCCAGGAGUCUCAGCCGUCCCCGCUGGCCCUGCUGGCGGCCACCUGCAGCCGCAUCGAGUCUCCCAAUGAGAACUCCAACAGCUCCCAGGGCCAGCAGGGCGGGAGCGGCGAGCUGGACCUGAACGCGGCCGCCGCCCAGCUCACCCAGUCGGCCAACGGCUGGCAGAUCAUCUCGGCGGGCUCCAGCACCCCCACGGGCUCCAAGGAGCCGGGCAGCAACGGCAGCAACGGCGGCGACGCCUCCAAGAGCCGCCCGGUCAGCACCGGGCCCUACGUGGUCACCUCGGCGUCCGGCCUGCAGAACCAGCAGGUGCUCACGGGGCUGCCGGGCGUCAUCCCCAACAUCCAGUACCAGGUGAUCCCCCAGUUCCAGACCAUCGACGGGCAGCAGCUGCAGUUCGCCACCACCCCGGCGCAGGUGAACGUGCAGCAGGAUGCCUCGGGGCAGCUGCAGAUCAUCCCCGGCUCCAACCAGCAGAUCAUCACGAGCCGUGCGGGCGGCAGCAACCUCAUCGCCAUGCCCAACCUGCUGCAGCAGGCCGUGCCCAUCCAGGGCGUGGGGCUGGCCAACAACAGCCUCUCCGGGCAGACCCAGUACGUGGCCAACGUGCCCGUGGCCCUGAACGGCAACAUCACCCUGCUGCCGGUCAACAGCGUGGCCGCCAGCCUGGCCCCCACGUCCCAGACGGGCACCCUGAGCAGCUCGGGCUCGCCGGACAGCAGCUCCCAGCCGGCCACCUCGGGGGCUGCCAGCAGCUCGGGCAGCACGGCCACGUCCCAGGCCAGCUCGGGCGCCUUCUUCACCAACGCCAACAGCUACUCCACCACCACCACCACCAGUAACGUGGGCGCCAUGAAUUUCUCCACCAGCGCCACGGUGGGCACCAACGUGCAGGCGCAGACGCCCCAGAGGGCCAGCAGCGUGCCCAGCUCGGACUCUCUGCAGAGCCCGGUGUCCGGGGUGGCCCUGCAGCCGGGGCAGCAGAAGGAGGGGGAUCAGGGGCAGCAGUCCCAGCAGCAGCAGCAGCAGCAGCAGAUCCUGAUCCAGCCACAGCUGGUCCAAGGAGGGCAGACAAUCCAAGCCCUGCAGACCACCCCGCUGUCUGGCCAGACCUUUGCCACUCAAGCCAUCUCCCAAGACACCCUGCAGAACCUGCAGCUCCAGGCCGUGCCCAACUCGGGCCCCAUCAUCAUCCGCACGCCCACGGUGGGUCCCAACGGGCAGGUGAGCUGGCAGACCAUCCAGCUGCAGAACCUGCAGGUGCAGAACCCCCAGGCGCAGACAAUCACGCUGGCCCCCAUGCAGGGGGUGUCGCUGGGCCAGACGGGCAGCACCAGCACCACGCUGACCCCCAUCGCCUCCCUGCCCAGCGGCACCGUCACCGUCAACGCUGCCCAGCUCUCCUCCGUGCCGGGCCUCCAGACUAUUAACCUCAGUGCCUUGGGAGCGUCCGGGAUCCAGGUGCACCAGCUGCAGGGGCUGCCCCUGGCCAUCGCCAACGCGCCCGGUGAGCACGGGGCGCAGCUGGGGCUGCACGGCGGCAGCGGGGACGGGCUGGGCGAGGAGAGCGCGGCCGUGGAGGAGGGGGAGACCAGCCCCGACCCCCAGCCCCAGCAGGGCCGGAAAACGCGGAGGGAAGCCUGCACCUGUCCCUACUGCAAGGAGGGCGAGGGCAGGAGCUCUGGGGAUCCAGGGAAGAAAAAGCAGCACAUCUGCCACGUGCCGGGCUGCGGGAAGGUGUACGGGAAGACCUCGCACCUGCGGGCGCACCUGCGGUGGCACACGGGGGAGAGACCCUUCAUCUGCACCUGGGUGCUGUGCGGGAAGCGCUUCACCCGCUCCGACGAGCUGCAGCGGCACAAGCGCACGCACACGGGUACGGCCGGGCUCCCCGCCCUGGGCUCCGUGGGGUGGCUGCUCCAAAACCCUGGGGUUCCUUGGGGUGGCAGCUCCCAAAAUCCUGGGCCUGGAAUUCCCACGUCCUGGAGCGUUGGCCUGGAGCUCUUGGGGCUGGGAGCCUCCCCAGAGCCUGAGCAUUCUCAAGGGGAGGAGCCUUUCCCCAAAAUUCCACCAUGUUGGAGCAUCAGCCUCGAUGCUCUUUUCUCCAGGGCCUGA